GACACGGAGGUGAUCUGCUUUCGGGAACAUCUCUUGCCCUUUGUACAUGGCUACAAGGAGGGCCAGGACCAGUACAAGGGUCAAAUGCUUCAAUACCGCGGGCGCACCGAGCUGCUGAAGGAGGGCCUCGCCAAGGGCACUGUGGACUUGAAGAUAUUCCAUGUUGAACUGGCUGAUGGAGGGAAUUUCACCUGCUUUGUUCAACAUGGCUCCGAUUAUGACGAGGCUGUGGUGGAGCUGAAGGUGACAGCCGGCGGCUCUGCCCCGCUCAUCGCGCUCGAACGCUACCAGGACGGGGGUAUCCGGGUGGGCUGUCGCUCGGCCGGCUGGUACCCGCAGCCCCAGGUGCUGUGGCAGGAUCCCCGCGGGCGGCAUCUCCCAUCCCUCUCGGAACGCGUUACCCAGGACGAGCGCGGCCUCUUUGCAGCGGAAAGCAGCAUAAUCCUCAGCAGAGGCGUGAGCCAGCAGCUCUCCUGCUCGGUCCGACAUGCCCGGCACGGCCACGAACGGGCAUCAGCUUUGUACAUAUCAGAUCCUUUUUUCCAGAACGCCCACCCUUGGAUGACUGCCUUUGCUGUGGUCCUGGUCGCUGCGGUUGCUCUCCUCGUUAUCGCAGUUUAUCUA